CCUUCUCUCCUUUUUCAUUUUUUCCCGCUCGCACUCUACCCCUGACGAUCACUUUUGACAAGUCAAAAAAAAACCAUGCAAUCCGAAGUUGUCUCCAAGUCAGUGAGGAAUCGGCCAUCUCACCUGUCACUUGAAUCAAGAACACCCAUUGCCGAAGACUCCAUCCUGUCCCCACGGACUCCCAAAUCCAUCCAUAAACUAUCCCUCAGCCGGCGCUCCUCUAACAUCAACGAUGCGUUAAGUGAACUCCAUCUUCAACGAACGCCGGUUUCGUCCAAUGCCAAUACGCCAACCUCGGAACACACCCAGUACUUUCCCGACCCACCGCAGCAGCCUGUGACAAGGUAUCGUUCUCCCUCCAUUGGCAGUACCACAUCGUUCUCGUCUCGCGCAGCAUUUUCCGCCAAUUUCGAUGUGCAUACCGUGUACAAAGUCAAGACGUCGAAAAGCAGCAAGAAACUUGACAGCUUUUUUGGCGAACAAGCUCCUAUGGACAUCUGUGUUCAGGAAAUUAGAAAGGAGGGUUUAAAGGCCAUGUUGCAAAGCAAGGUCCCAUUAUGUUUUCUGUUGUAUCAUCUGUUGGAUGAAUACAGUAGUGAGAAUCUGUUCUUUUUUGUAGAGGUUGAGCAAUACGAGGGGUUCUCAUACAUCAGCAAGGCGCAACAAUUGGCCACCGCCCAACACAUCUAUGAAACAUACCUAAGUAGGAAUAGUCACUUUGAGGUCAACUUGGACGAUAAGGUCAUUCGGACGGUGACCACCGCUAUCCAAGACGAGCAACUGAAUGGAUGUUUCGUAAGUGCAAAACGUGCUGUGUUUGCAUUAUUGGAUGGUAGUUUUCAUCGCUUCAUGAAUGGUCCGACUUGGGAUGCCAUGGUUGCCACAUGCGGAGAGCUGACUACACAUUACAGCACUGAAGCUCGCAACAUUGCCGUCAAUUUACUACUUCAAUAUCUUGAACGACAACACAAUCUCUUGUAUACCAACCCGCAUGUUACAGUGCCAAAUACGUCUCGCCGUCGCCAUGAGUUAUUGAAAUCCAUGAUUCACGAAUUCUCACGACAACUUCUGGAUGUUCAAUUUUCCUAUCACCAACGGGACAUAACCACCGAUGAUACCCUCAAAUUGCGUGCAGGAAGUCCCAUGAGCGACGGAGAUAACAGUGGCUCGGACGGAGACAAGUACAAACGCCCACGUAGCAAAAGCGUAAUCAACGUUAAGAAGGGCAGGGAAAGAGGAUUUGAUCUUUUCGGGAAGAAACCAGGAAAAAGUACUAGAGUAUAGGGUGUUGCACCCUACGACUCCAUGCCAUUUCUUUGUAUAUAUAUUAUGCCUAAAUAUUCCCUUUCUGUAAGCAACUAUGUGAUAGAGUAUUGAAUAAAAUCCUUCGAUGGACCCACAAAGAGUUCCC